AAAGUCGUUGAUCGGCGUGCCGCUGCCUUCGGAAGAUUUGAAAGGCAGUCAAACAUAUCGAGCAGAGAUGGAUGUUCAGACUGUAUUGCCGCCUGCCUUUGGAUACGUUAUAUUGACCUACCUGUACAGCUGGAUCAUGCUGACAUAUUUAGGAGUGAAGGUCGGGGGUGCAAGGAAGAAGUACAAUGUUAAGUAUCCCGAUAUGUACAGUGACAAGGAGCCGGUAUUCAACUGUAUCCAAAGAGCACAUCAGAACACCCUGGAGGUGUACCCUCAGUGGCUUGUUUUCCAGACCAUUGCAGCUCUUGUCUUUCCGUUGUCCGCAUCUGUGCUGGGGGCAAUCUGGGUGACCAGCAGGUUUUCAUAUGCCUGGGGCUACUACACAGGAGAUCCAGCCAAGAGAAUGAAUGGUGCCUAUGGCUACAUUGGAUAUCUUGGCGUCAUCGGUCUGUCCAUAUAUAUCGCCUUGCAACUGCUCUUUUAAGACAAUUAUCAUCUUGUUUACUCAUUUUUUCACUGGCUUUAAUGGUUGUUAAAAUAUAUCAACUAGAAAAUAUCUGUGCACUUCUCAAAUGCUGUUUCAAAUUAUGAUCCUAAGCAUAUUUUUAUGGACCACUAACUUGAUAUAUUUUUAUUCCAAUAUUUGUUGUGAAUGUCUACUCCAUGUGAUCAUCAAAAAUAAAGUAGAUGCUGAUUAAUGCUGCAGCCUCAGAUAUGUCCUCUAGUACUCUGUUCACAGUCGCAUGCAUUAAAGUUUGUGAAUAAUGAAAGGGUCAGCAGCAUGACUAAAGACCCCAUGUGACUCACACAUGAUGUCUCAGGAACAAAUGUCAGAUCAGAAUGCAAUAAAAAAAUCUAAAACCA